AUGGACCCGAGUGUUUACGGCCUACUGCGGAGUGGGAGCGAAACCCCACUCGCCGACCGGUCUCGGGCAGGAAAAGAAGUUGUGGGGAAAUCUGGCGGAAGAGCGGCGGCGGGGCCGGCACAGCGUCCAGCCGCGGGAGGCCGGCGAUCGCGCCGGCGACGCGGCCGCCCCCGGGGUGCCGGGCGGGCGGCCCGGGAGGCCCGGCGACCUGGGAGCCGCCUGGGAGCAAGGGGCCAGGCAGGCCGCGGCGGGGCGCCCCCCCGGGGGCCCGGUUACCUGGCGGCGGCGGCUCCUCCUCCAGCUCCUGCUCCUCCUUCCCGUCCGACGGGCGCUCGGCGGCGGCGGCGGCGGCGGCGGCGGCGGCGGCGGCAGCGACUCCCCGCGCAGCCCGCGGCGAUGAGUCGAGCCCGGCCCCUCUCCGCCUCCCUCCUCGCCGCCGCCCGCCCCGCUGCUGCCGCCUCCGCCCUCUCUCCUCAGUCAGGACAUGGUCUCCGCGGGCCUGCGCGCGGCUCCCGGCUGCCGGAGGCGGGGGGAGAGGAGCAGAAAGGGGACGCUGAGGCUUGGGAGCCCCGGGGGGCGGGGGCAGCGAGGUACUGGGGGCGGCCGCGGGCGCUGCGGACCCCUAAUGGCGGCGGCCGAGGGACCCGGAGCCAAAUAAACCCCGCGGCGAACGGCACAACGUCAAGGGCAGACCCCGCCGCUCGCCGCUCUGUCAUUGGCCCUGAGGCCGCCGGCUGCGCAGCCAAUGGGCGGCCGCCUCUUUCCGGGCGUAGGGGCGGGUCGAGACUGGGUGACGUCAGCCGGCACGUUGCCCCGAUUGUGAGUCGGCGGCCUGCUCCCCUCCGCGGCCACCUACGGUCCUAAGGGUGCCGGACCACGGCGGGGUGCCCAUCGCUUGGGGUCGUGGACUGACGGCGGCCCAGAGGGCGUCCUCGGGCGGUGUCUGGAUAUGCGCUUUGCCUCUUCUCUGCGACAGAUGCGCCAAGUCAACCCCCAGGCCUCAGGUCUCCUAAGUGAUCUACGUUUAACUCAGAUGCUGCUUUACUUUUUCUUAAGGAGUUUGAAGCUCUUGAUUCCAGGGAAGACAACGGUCUAGGAGCAGUGGCUCAUGCCUGUAAUCCCAGAACUUUGGAAG